UAGAAUACACAUCUACUAUGAAUACAUAAAUCUACGUCUCUGUAAAAGCAAGCGGAAAGUGUGAAUCAUGUCUGAUGUAGAAGAAGAAUACGAAGAGCAGGUGGAGGAGUCAGAAGAGGAACAAGAGGAAGAAGACGCCAUAAGGCAGGAGGAGGAAGAGGAGGAACGGCCGCGGCCAAAGCCCAUGGCUCCUCAACUUGCUCCUCCAAAGAUCCCUGAAGGCGACAGAGUCGACUUUGAUGACAUUCACAGGAAGCGAAUGGAGAAAGACCUGCUGGAGUUACAGACUCUGAUUGAAGCUCACUUUGAGCAGAGGAAGAAGGAGGAGGAGGAGCUGAUUGGACUGAAGGACAGAAUUGAGAGACGGCGCUCUGAAAGAGCCGAGCAGCAGCGCGUCCGAGCCGAGAAAGAGCGAGACCGUCAAACACGCAUCGCCGAGGAGCGUCAGAGGAAGGAGGAUGAAGAGGCGAAGAAGAGAGCAGACGAUGAGGCCAAGAAGAAGAAGGUUUUGUCCAACAUGGGAGCAAAUUUUGGCGGCUUCCUCACUAAGGCAGAACAGAGGCGAGGGAAACGUUUGACUGGGAAAGAAAUCAAGAGGAAAACUUUAACAGAAAGACGAACGGCUCUCGGUAUCGACAAUUUAAGAGAAGAUGGACUGCGGCAGCGAGCCCAGGAGAUGUGGGAGUGGAUUUAUCAGCUGGAGUCAGAGAAGUUCGACUUUAUGGAUCAGAUGAAGAAGCAGAAGUACGAGAUUGUGGUUCUGCUGAACCGGAUUUCACACGCCCAGAAGUUUAAAAAGGUCCACGGGAAGGGGAAAGUUGGCGGCCGCUGGAAAUAAAUUGUCUGUUCUGAUAAAGCAGACGUUACUGAAGGGAUGGAAAAAAAAAACAGAAAUGAAAUUAGACAAUGGAAAAAAAUUCUUCCUUUUUCACUUAUACACAGAGUCUGCACUCGUCUGUAACACCUCCCCCCCACUCAUCUGUAAACCUCUCCCCCGCCACCUGUCUAUAAUGCCCCUACAUCAUCUGUAACACCCCAUACUUGUAGGUAACGCCCCAACCACUCUCCUGUAACACCCCCGCAAUUGUCUGUAAUGCCCCACCCACUCUCCUGUAACACCCCCCGCAAUUGUCUGUAAUGCCCCCACCUUGUCUGUAACACCCCUACCAAACACACACACUUCUUUAAUGCCGCCUGUAACGUCUGUGACGGUCUGCACUCAUCAUCAGAAUAAAUUAAUUCGCUCUAUACACAA